AAAUUUUUGAAGUUUCAAAAUUUGUAAUUAACUGUUAUUUAAAUUAAUAGAAAAUUAGAAAUUUUAAAAGGAAAAAUAUUCUAAAAUUUAAUGUUUUCUUUAAGGACAACAAUACUUAGUUGGCAAAUUGUUAAAAAUCCUGUAAAACGUUGUUGUAGCACCAACAAUUUUCGAAAAUUCAAACAUAGUUUUACAGACUUAAGAUGUCUGGACAAAAAAGAAGUUCAGCAGUUCUUUAAAAGCUUGCAGGCAAUAAUAACAGAUGCAGAUGGAGUUUUAUGGCUUAAUGAUGAUCCUAUCGAAGGCUCUGUAGAUACUUUUAAUUGGUUUCAAAAUCAACAUAAAAAUUGUUAUAUUGUCACAAAUAAUUCAACACGUACUCGCCAGAAUUUACAGGAAAAAGCUUGUUCCAUGGGUUUAGAGGUAGAUGAAAGGCAAAUUAUUAAUACCACCUAUUGUACGGCCAAAUAUUUAGAGAAAUUGAAUUUCAACAAGAAAGCCUAUGUUAUAGGCCGAGAGGGUAUGGCUUGGGAAUUACAAAAUUUGGGCAUUAAACUUUUGCCCAUAGAGGAAGAAGUCAUGAAAGGUUCUACAGCAGAUUUAAGACAAAAUCUUAAACUUGAUCGUGAAGUAAAAGCUGUAAUAGUGGGUUUUGAUGAGUUUUUUGGUUUUCCCAAACUAACAAAAGCCUGUUGCUAUCUAAAGGAUCCUGAGUGCUUAUUUAUAGCCGCCAGCACAGAUAACCAGGGACCUACUCCUACGAUAAUGCUGCCUGGUACAGGUUGCUUGGUAAAGGCCAUAGAAACUUGUAGCAAUCGUUUGGCCACCAUUAUAGGAAAACCAAAUGCGGAAUUUAUCAAACCUUUAAUAACAAAAGGUUGUCUAAAACCUGCCACCACUUUAAUGGUAGGCGAUAGAGGUUCCACGGAUAUGUUGUUUGGUUACAAUUGUGGUUUCUUUACUUUAUUUGUCACCUCCGGCGUAGAUACUUUACAAGACGUUCGGCAAUGGCAAACAUCAGAAAAUUGUGAAUUACACAAACAAAUACCCGAUUUUUAUCUACCAAAACUGGGAGAUUUAAAAUAUAUAUUAACUGAGUAAUUUCGAAAGAGAAUUCCAUAAUAAUACUCUUUUUUUUUUGAUAAGAAUCAUGAUUGUUUAAAUAAAUAUUCUCCAUACAUUAUUUA